GGUAAGGAUAGUGUCAAAGUGACAACAGUUGUGGCAACAGUUGGUUCCAAUGGUAAUGACCGACCUCAAGAAUUGUGCUACACUUCUGUCAAAGUUAUCGGUCAUGGAUCAUUUGGUGUUGUCUACCAGGCCAAACUUUGUGAGGCUGGUCAGAUGGUGGCCAUCAAAAAAGUUUUACAGGACAAACGUUUCAAAAACAGAGAGUUGCAAAUAAUGAGGAAGUUGGAUCACCAGAACAUCAUCAAGCUGCUUUACUUUUUUUAUUCAAGUGGGGACAAGAAGGAUGAGGUCUACUUGAAUCUGGUGAUGGAGUUCAUACCGGAGACUGUCUACAGAGUGGCUAGACACUACAACAAAAACAAACAAGUCAUCCCAUUCCUCUACAUCAAGCUUUACAUGUAUCAGCUGUUUCGAAGUCUUUCCUACCUGCACUUCUGUGGUAUUUGUCACAGAGAUAUUAAACCGCAGAAUCUAUUACUCAACCCUGAAAACGGCAUUUUAAAGUUAUGUGACUUUGGCAGUGCGAAACAACUGAUAAAAGGAGAGCCCAACGUUUCUUACAUCUGUUCAAGAUAUUACAGAGCGCCUGAAUUAAUUUUUGGAGCAACUGACUAUUCACCAAAAAUUGACUUAUGGUCUGCUGGUUGCGUGAUGGCAGAGUUGAUGUUGGGCCAACCAAUAUUCCCUGGAGACAGUGGUGUAGAUCAGAUUGUGGAAAUUAUCAAGAUUUUAGGAACGCCAACUAAAGAACAGAUUCGAGAAAUGAAUCCAAAUUAUCAGGAAUUCAAAUUUCCUCUAAUAAAAACACAUCCAUGGUCCAAAGUCUUCAGACAUCGAACAACACCUGAGGCGAUAAACUUAAUUAGUUCCCUACUUGAAUAUAUUCCAUCACGUCGCAUUUCACCCAUCGAAGCUUGUGCUCAUCCGUAUUUCGAUGAACUUCGAGACCCAAACACCAAAUAUAUGGGUGGUAGAGAUCUUCCACCGUUGUUCAACUUCUCUCCAAUUGAGUUGACGAUAAAGCCGUCGUUGAAUAACGUGUUGAUACCAUCGUACCUCAGUCAGAGCAUGGAAACGAACGUCGAAACAACUGGAAACGAUCCUCUUUCAACGGAUGGAGCAGGUGCCGCACCUCCUUCCUCUCCAUAA